AAUAUGUAAUUAUUUGGUAAAAAAUCAGUCAGUUUUAUCUUAAUAAAAUAAAACGUGUUUCCUCAGCGCCCUCGUUCUGCGCGCGCCACCCUUUCGUCACUAUUGUGCGCCGGAUGUCACGCUACAACGUGUUGAAGGAAAUUUCACGUGUAGAAAUUUUCGUCCUGCAUCGCUCCACAAUCACACUAUAAUUAGUGUCUGCGGACCUUAAAGUAUCCGGUUUAUUGACUGUCUGUGUAGAAGGAAAUCAUGGGUCGGAAGUUGGAUCCCUGCAAGAAGUUGAAGAAAGGUCCGGGUAAAAAAACCCGGAAGCAGCAGGGAGCAGAGACAGAGUUGGCCAAGUUUAUAACUGAUGAGGACACUGGAUCAAAACGUCUCUCAAGUAGAGCCAGAAAAAGAGCUGCAAAGAGAAUCCAGAGUUUGAAAAAGCCCAAAGAUGUUGCUGAGGAAAAGCCUAAGAAAGGGUUCACAGAUGAGAACAGCAAAUGGUUGAAACCGUCAAAGAGGAAGCGCAAGAUUGAUGAACAAGAAAGUGAGGAUGACAGUGAUGAACACUGGGAAGAAGAAGAUGAUGAUGAGGAGGAGGAAGAGGAAGAAAAGGUUGUAGAAAAGAAGGGAGGCAAAGACCAGCAGAAGAAGGGUGUAAAAGGAGUGAAAAAAGAGGCCGAUGAUGAUGAAGACGAUGAUGAUGAUGAUGAUGAUGAUGAUGAUGAUGAAGGCGAUGAUGAUGAUGAAGGCGAUGAUGAUGAUGAUGAUGAUGAUGACAUGGUUGAUGACUAUGGUGUUCAGGAUGACAGCGAUGAAGCAGCAGAAGAUGACAGUGAUGGAGAGGAUCUUCUUCCCAUUGAACGUGCAGCCAAGAAAGAAAAAAAGCAGAAAAAGUCCAAGGCUCCUGAUAGUGAUGAAGAUGACGAUGAUGAAGAGGAUGAGGAUGAUGACGAGGAGGAGGAGGAACAGGAAUCUGAUGCUGACAUGGAUGAAGAAGAUGAACUAAAAACAAACAUUGACGAAGAAGAUAAAUUCAGGCUUCCUAAACCAGAGGAGGGACUUCUGCCUCUAGACCUGAAGGCAAUCUAUCAGCGGAUAAAGGACAACAUUGACCUCCUGUGCAAUUUCUCAACAAAAAGAGAGGAGGGGAAAGACCGAGCAGACUACAUCUCACUUCUGAAAAAAGAUCUCUGCACCUAUUACAGCUACAACGAGUUCCUCAUUGAAAAAUUUAUGGACCUAUUCCCUCUUUCAGAGCUGGUUGAUUUCCUCGAGGCCAAUGAAAUUCAUAGACCUGUCACUAUUCGAACCAAUACACUGAAAACAAGGAGGCGGGACCUUGCACAGGCUUUAAUCAACAGAGGAGUGAACCUUGAUCCACUGGGGAAAUGGUCUAAAGUGGGGUUGGUUAUCUAUGACUCCUCAGUACCUAUAGGUGCAACUCCGGAGUAUCUGGCCGGUCAUUACAUGCUCCAAGGAGCCUCCAGCUUUCUGCCAGUCAUGGCGCUGUCUCCACAGGAGGGAGAGUUGGUAUUAGACAUGAGCUCAGCUCCAGGAGGAAAGACUACCUAUAUUGCUCAGCUGAUGAGAAACACGGGGGUAAUAGUGGCUAAUGAUGCCAAUGCUGAAAGACUGAAGAGUGUGGUGGGAAACAUCCACCGUCUGGGGGUCACCAACACUGUGGUCUGCAACUAUGACGGCAGAGAGUUCCCAAAGGUCAUGGGUGGCUUUGAUAGAGUGCUGCUUGAUGCACCCUGCUCAGGCACAGGAGUCAUUGCUAAAGAUCCAGCUGUGAAGACGAGCAAGGAUGAGGUGGAUAUCAAUCGUUGUGCUCACUUGCAGAAAGAAUUGAUUCUGUCUGCCAUCGACUCGGUCAAUGCUGAUUCCCCAUCGGGAGGAUAUCUGGUCUACUGCACGUGUUCAAUAACUGUGGAGGAGAAUGAAUGGGUGGUGGACUACGCUUUAAAGAAAAGAAACGUCAAAUUAGUUCCCACAGGACUCGACUUUGGCAAGGAAGGCUUCACCAAUUUCAAAAAGUUCAGGUUCCAUCCAACUCUGCGACUCACGCGACGAUUUUACUCUCACUCCCACAACAUGGAUGGAUUCUUUGUGGCCAAGCUGAAGAAGUUCUCCAACAUUAUUCCAACUGCACCACCAGGGAAUGAAGAUGAGAAGGCAGAGGCUCCUGAGACGACAGCGGCCACAGAAGCUCCUGAAGAGAAAAGGUCCAAGAGCGACAAGACAAAGAAGACUGUCCUCAACAAGGCAGGCGGCCUGAAGCAAGAAAACAAAGCCAAUGGAACAGCAGUCACGAAAAAAGCAAUCAUCAACUCACAAGGCAAAAAGGAGUUGCAUACUGGACCAAAAAAGGCAAAAGUCGCCAAGAUGGAUGGAGAAACUGUGAAGGGCACAGAAGCCAAGAAGGCAACAGAUGAUGGUAAAGCAUCAAAAGCUGACACAAAGGAAGGAAGCAGGUUUGAGAAAAAGCAGACCACAAAGAGGAAAACACCCAUGAAGGCCAAGAACAGAAUGGGGAAGAAUAAAUUCAACAAGUUGAAGCACAUGUUGCAAAAACAAUAAACAAAAGUGACAGUGUGUUAAAUGCAUGUUUGGAUUAUAUUAAAGCUUUGUUACACACCUGGAUCCACCUCUGUCUGAUGAAGCUGCUCUGUUUGUGCAGCAAUUGUGUCAAACGUGAUUGUAACAUGGCUGCGUGCUGAUGAUUGGACUCACAAACAAUGCCCCUACUAAAGCUGGAGCUUUCUUUUUUUUAUUUCUGUAUACAGAUUCAAUGCUUUCCAUAAUCCUGUGAGAAAUAAAUCUUUUAAGAACAUUUAA